AUGGAAAAGGUAGGUUCUAAUUUCGCAUGGUCUUUUUUUUGGCUUCUUUUUUUUCGAAAAAAAAAUAAGAGCUUGAAAAUGGGAAAAAUGGGUUAUUUUAUGUUGUCAUGCGAUGUGAAAGGCAAAUCUGAAAGAAAAUAAUUCGUACUUUUUCAAAAAAAAAAUAUCAUGUGUUUGGUAUAUUUCUAUUUGAUUUAUCUACUAGUUGUUUAUGUUUACUGUUUUGUUUUUUGCCGGAUCACAAAGUGUUUUGGAAAAUGUUUCAGGAGAACAAAAGAGAAAAAGGUAUUGUAUUGUAUGGGAAUUUUGUUUGAAAACAAAAACAGACACUCAUGAUAUUUCAGGGAUACGACAGCGACGAUGACAAUUCGAGUCAGUGUACUCGACAAGGUAUUUUAUUGCGGAUUCUUAUAGCGGCUUUUGCAAUCGUCACACUUUUAUUGAUAAUCAUCGCAAUUGCAUUAAUACUCACACAAAAACGUAAGUUAUUUCCAGUAUAAAAUAAUUUCCAAUAUCUUCUUUUUUCAGCUAUUGAUCUCAGUUUGGCGCCAACCGGAAAUGAAAGUCAAAAUUAUCAACAAUAUCAUCGAUUCAAAGCAAAUUAUGCGAAAUUCACAUUUGAUCAACUUUUUUCGGGAAAAAUGUUUUUGUUAGAAUCAUUUGACCAUCAAUGGUUACCUGAUGGAUCUCUACUAACAAGAAAGGAUGAAUAUACAGCUGUAAGUUUGAAAAUGGGGGUGGUAGUGUAUAUUAGUUAGGAAUGUGCGAAAUUUCAGUUUUCUAUAUUUUUUUUUUGUUAAAAAUUUGGUUUUUUUUUCAAAAAGUGUAGUUUUCAUAGUUGCAUGUUCUAUAUUUUGCUCAUCAAUUUAUUUUUUCAAAGAAAUAAUAAUGAUGUCGACGGAAAUCUUCAUGCUUUCCGGUCAUCUCUGAUCUUCUCCGGACAAGUUGGCAAACCAACUUACUUGAUCUCAUUAUAAAUUCAAAGAAUAUGAAAGUUCAGAAAUCUUAUUUGCAAGUUUGUCGGGCGGACAAUUUUGAGGGGUUGAACAUCUUGUGAGAGAGAAGAGAUUUUGGGAAUGUACAUAAAUUCGAAAAAAAACAAAGAUUAAUUUUUUGGAUAAAAAUUCUAUUAACUUAUUAACUUAAAUCUGACAAAUUCACUUCAGCAUGAAGUUUUAAACAGAAAUUGAAUACUCCUUCACCUUUUCGAUUUCUAUAAAAAACAUAAUCAGUUCCAUAAGCUUUCCCCGUAACCCCAAAUUCACUUUCCCACAUAUCACUUACACUUCCACCCCUGCACUUUUCACUUCCUAUUUUCUGUCACUCAAUUAUGUCCCUAUAGUUAUAUUACCUGUUUCAGAUGACAAAUGAGGCUCUUCGUUAUCCACCAGAUUCUUUUGAAUCCCAUAUAUUUUUGGAUGAUUAUGACUUGGCGAGUAGCAUGUCAACAAAUGGAAAAUAUGCAUACCGUACUCAAGUUAUUCGACAACUUUUCCGCUAUUCAACUGAACGGGUUUAUACAAUAGUCAAAAUUGAUAAUGGAACUGCGAAUGAAAAGUAUGAUUGAUUUGAGAUUAAACUCUCUCACAAAAAAAAUAUCAUUUUCAGAUUUAGUUGGCAAGUAGGACCUAUCAAAAACGCAACAAUUCAAGCAUUUUAUUGGAAUCCUUCUGAAGGAUCAAAUGAUUUCAUUUUUGUUCAUAAUUUCAAUGUUUAUUAUCAAGAAGAUCCAGAACAUCCAGAAAAAGCUAUUCAAUUGACAACUGAUGGUGAUUAUUAUUUCAGAUAUGGUGUUGCUAAUUGGCUAUAUGAGGGUUAGUCAUUUUUAUCUAGAAUAACCUUUAAUUUUCAUUCGAUUUCAGAGGAAAUUUUGGAAAAACCAGACGCUGUUUGGUGGUCAAAAACUGGUCAAUAUGUCUCAUUUUUGAGAUUUGAUGAUAAACAAGUAAACAGAGUUUUUCUCCCAACAUAUUCUUCAAAUGAUCCAUACGUGGAAUAUUUCGAACUUCCCUAUCCAAAAGCAGGAGUUCCUCAUAAUACUGAAGUCACUCAAUUCAUUUGGGAUCGUGAGAAGAACAAAAUUGUUGAAGCAUUAGCUCCGGAUGAGUUAAGAACACAAAAUGAGUAAGUUAAAAAAAAAACAAAAAAAUUGCUCUGAUCUCGGGCGGGCUCGAACCGCCGGCCUUCUGUGUGUUAGACAGAUGUGAUAACCACUACACCACGAGAUCGCAUGCUGUCUGCAUGCAACUAUGCCAUAGAGAUGAAACUAUGAAAAAAGGAGAGAGAAGAGUAAGGGAGGGGGAAAAUGAACAAAAAAAUUUUUUUGUUAUGCGAUUUUUUAAAAAGUUUUUAUAAAAACUUCUGAAAUGAAAAAACAGAGAAGCAUUUCUUGUUGAAUUGAGAGAAAACCUAAUCAUACCUAAUCUUUUAUUCUUGAUACUUUCUUAUUAUUCGUAUUCAAUUCAGUUUCUCAAAGUGAAUCCCUGAAAACGAAAAACAUGAAUCAGAACAAAAAUAUGAAACUUAAAACAAAAGAAGUUCCCAGAAAAAAGUAUGAAUAAAAUAUGUUGAAACCGGUUUAACUUUUUUUCUGCGAGCAAUGUGAGACUAGUUUUUGAACGCUAGAAAGCAACAACACUCCGCUUGCCUGUUGUUUAUCGUAAAUAUGUUCUAUAUAUAAUAAUUUUUAUGCAGAUUUUUGGAAUAUCUCUAAUUGAGUUUAAAACUUAUUCUAUAUUUCAAUUUCAUGAUGUUUAAGAAACAAUUUCUUGCAAACAUUUUUUUCAAAAUCUUCAUUCAAUUGUUAUUUUACAGAAGCUAUUAUGUAUUCCAAAAUGUUUGGAUGGAAACACCAUAUGGAUUGCAUGAUUUGGGAAGAGAACGACUUAUUUCAGUUUGGGCUAACCGCGAACAAACAAAAAUCUACUUCACUCUUUGCAACGAAACCGACUGUAUUGUGGCAAGUGCUAACUUUUAUCAGUUUCCAGCAAAUUUCAAUCCUUAUUUUUUUGUUCAGACAUUCACACAAGAAUUCUCAGUCGCUGGCCGUCGAAUGUGGUCAGAACCAGAAGAAGUUGGCAAUAUUUUCACUACCAAAACAGGAUUCUUCACUAUUCUUCCACAUUAUAAUAAAGCUGAUAACAAUAUUUAUAAUCAUAUUGCUCAUAUUGAGCUCGAAACUUCUGGAACAGGAAAAGUUACAAAAUGGAUUGGUGAAAAUUAUGAUGUAGUGAAGAUUGAGGGUUAUUAUGAGGAAAAAGAUAUCAUCACUUUUUCUGCAUAUGGAAUUGGAAUUGGAACUUAUGGAUUGUAUAGUGUAGCGAAAGCUGCCAAUAGAAAACUUGAGGUAUGAUAUUGCACAAAACAUGCAAUCAAAGAAUAUCAUAAUCAUUUUUUUCAGACAGCAAUCUCUCAACUUAACAGCCUUCUUGAAGACUGUGUUCAUGGAUCAUAUAACGUUGAUCCAACUGGUAAACGUGCAGCGCUACUUUGCUCUACGCCGUUUGAUAAUGCUAGACUUUUCUUGAUGAAUGUUGAUAAACCAAGGUCGAAUGUGUUACUUGAUGGAGGAACUCAUGCAGUUUUGCCUUUUGACAAAUUGAAUUUGACAUAUGGAGAAGCUGAACUUCCGUCUGGAAUAACAGCACAAUUUGAACUCAUUCAACCACCAAAAAUUACUGAAGGACAAAAAUUACCAUUGAUUCUUGAUUUGUAAGUCUGAUAUCAAAAAUUCUAACAAGAAUCAACAAAUCAUUUCAGAUAUGGCGGUCCAAACACUAAAAGAGUCUUACAAAAAACACCAACACCGCACUAUAUUCAAAUUUCAUCACAAUAUCAAGUGGCUGUUGGAAUUGUUGAUGUUCGAGGAACUGCUGGACAUGGAUGGAACACAAAAGAACCAGUUUUCCGCAAUAUGGGUAAACCAGAAGCGCAAGACACUUUGGAUAUGAUUCAAGUUUUAUUGAAAAAAUUCCCAUUUUUGGAUGAGGAUAAUGUUGCAGUUAUUGGAUGGGUUAGUGGUUUUAUUUUUUAAAAUUUAUUUAACAGUUUUUUUUAUCAUAAAUCAUCAUUUUUAGUCAUACGGUGGUUAUUUGGCAACUCAAAUUGCUAUCCGUGAUCAAGGAGAUUCUGUAAAAUGUGCAGCUGCAAUUGCUCCAGUCACUGAUUUUUCAUAUUAUGACACUGCAUACACAGAAAGAUAUUUGGGUUUACCAUUGGAUAAUCCACAAGGAUAUGAUAGAACAAAUCUGAUACCUCAUGCAAAGAAUCUGACAAAUGUCAAAUAUUUUUUGGCUCAUGGGGAAAAAGAUGGUCAGUUUAUAAAAAUUGCAAACAAAAAAUCAAACUCAUAUUAUAUUUUCAGAUAACGUUCAUUAUCAAAACAGUGCCCGCUGGUCGGAAGCCCUUCAACUCCGCAAUAUUCAUUUCCGUCAAUUGGUUUAUGCAAAUGAAGCGCAUAGUCUAACAAAUAAAGUCAAACAUUUAUAUAGUGAAAUUCAACAAUUCUUUGUUGAAUGUUUCGAGCCAUUUCAUUAA